GGCUAGCGCUGGCGAUUGAAAGACGCGCGCGUACGUACGGCCGUAUUUCUCUGUUUUGAUUUCGGACAGCGGGCGCGCAGACAGCAAGAGUGGACUUGAAAAUAACCGACGGGCAGGAGAAGGCCCGUCUAUUAAUAGUGAAGUGUGAGAGCAUCUUUGUCGUGCGUGUUCGGCAGCGUCGCCGAACGGUUUCGCAGCGAAAUUCGUCAGUCGAUUUACCGUUCCGCGAUACAUUCCUCGCACGUACACGCCGUGGAAACGCGUAACUCGAUCGGAACACGAUGUUCCGCGCAAGUUUCCGCCCGUAGCCGGCAACCGUUUCGUUGUCUGUUGAAUUUCCCUUUUGCCUCGCGUCGCCGAGGACAGACUAAAAACAACGAGAAACUAGAGAGGCAUCAGAGGAUGGAUAGAGAGCUCGGGGACAGAUUGGAUUAAGACCCCUCGAGAGAAAACGGGAUUGCGGAUUCUAACGUGAAAUCGAGAGCCGUGUAUCGUGUGUGUAUGUAUGUAUGUAUGUAUGCGUGUGUGUGUGUGUGCCAGAAGACGCGAUUCUUCGACUCGAGUUGCACGAGUUUCCCUUUAUCUAUAGAGACGAACUGGAAGGAAGUUAAAACCACAUUCGAGUGAAUCUAAAUAAAGAACUAUCCGCAGAGCCGCGGAUGAGCAGUGGGGCGGAGCUGGCUGCGAGAGGAAAUAUGCGGUGAGUAAGAAUGGUACAGCGAGCCGCAUGCAGCAUCGAGGCGAGCACAUUCUCCAAUGGCGUGCGGAUCAGCGACCGGGAAGGAAGAACGUCGGACGUUGUCCCGACGGAGGCGUCCUUCUUAGGCCAGGAGCCGCGCAACGUUCACGACGCGGGACGUGGCAACGCGAGAUUCUCCCUGUUUAAGUGGUUCAAACGGUCCGGUAAUCGAGAGUCCACCGCGGAGAAGAGGCGAAAGACCACCGGAGACAAAUACCGAGAAGAGAAUGAGAACGGCCGGCAACGGAGCGUCUCGUCGAGCGCCGAGAGCGUAGACACGUUUUACAGUACGACCACCGUUCGCAGUUUCGCCUUUCACGCUGGCACCUUGAGCGAAUGCAAUGGAUUAUCGUUGGACAUAAUAGAGCAAGCGGCCGAAGUUGGCCCGUUCGCGGCUGGAGCUUCGAAGGUUACAAAGAUUGGCAACAAAGAGAACGAUCUGGCGGAUGUUGCUUGCACGCUACCUGCGAACGCUCACUCUCACAGAAGGGACAUUACUGCGAGAUACUCGCUGCAACCGUCGACUACCUUCAACUCUUGUGGAAAUUUACCGCUUCCCGAUCGGCAGCUGUUGGAAUCGCUAAAGAGGUUGGACGAACGGAAAGCUCAUUACAGCGUGAACUCCGCCCGCAGGAGGGUACACGUGAAAGGGAAACGACGAGCGCCGAAUCCACCAGUCGCUUCGAUCAAAGCAACGGAGGUAGAUGCACGGGAAACGACGCCGAGGAACAGCAGCAGGCGAAAGCGACGCGCGCCGAAACCACCGGAGAAGAUCGUCGAUGGUAGUAAUUCGUUUGAGAAAACGUGCGAGGAACAGAUUACAGAUGGCGGAAUGGAUGUGGAAACGCGAGCAGACACCAACGAGGACGUGCAAACUCUGAGCAACGACACGCUGGUCCUUCAAGGGGGCGUUCUGCUGCCGAAAAGGGAAUUGAAACGAGUGACGAAGGAGAAGAACGCGAGGGAUACGAGCACUGGCUCGUCGGACAUUGCCGUUCUUCACGAGACGAACCAGACUGUGCCGCCUGGCAUUGGAACUCUGAGCACAGCCAUGCCACGACCUUGGUACAAACGGAGCGUCUUCGAACAUUCUCGAGAUUCCGGAACGUCGAGGAGGGGCGAUGUCCUCCGAGGCCCAACAAGCUCGACGAUCGAAUUAAAAGAAGAAUGCGCUGCUACGAACACGUCCUCUUCCACGGGCUACUCCGUGGAUGCGUCUUUGUCUAGGCUGAGCUUCUUUCACCGCGGCGGUCAAGCGGAGGACAGAAAGCGGGAAGCAAAACGAAGAUCCGGCCUGUCGAUCCUGACGAACAUCAGCGAGCUUGACAAAGAAGCCGCGGCGAUCGUUCAAGAGGAACAGGCACGAGCGAGAGCCUCGAUGCUGUUGAAAUCGUCGAAAUUCGUGGACGCUUUCGAGAAAAGGAACGAGAUGAACGAGGAGCUUGUUCAAGACAUCGUCACGUCGGCGAUGGAAAGUUCGUCGCCCAGGCGUGGCACGCGGGCUCUGAUUUCCAAGUUCAACGCCAUCAGCAACAUCACCAAGGUCACGGUGAACGCCAAUUUCUUCGCGAAGAACGCAACGAGAGAUCCGCAGCCGGUGAAAUUUGAACGAGACGUGGUGAGGAACGCGAAGGCUUUCGAGUACGCCAACGAUUGGAAGGACCAUUCGAGAUCUUCCACUCAAUCCACCAGCGGACAGGCCAGUCACAUUGACAAGGAUAUAUCCAAGUACUUCCCACCGCAACAGAAGGUAGCUAGAAAUCGAUCGGAAACCCGAUCGGAGAUGGGUGCAAAAGUUUCGGGUGCAAAGGCUAGUUCGGCCAAGGAGCAGAACGAUCGGCUGGCGAAUGAAACUUCCAACAGAAUAUCGUUCUUGCAGAGCCAACUGGCUGCGAAUCGAAUGAACGAUCAGGCGGCUCGGAGGGAUAGCGCUGUGGCUGUAAUACAGGAGAAAAUUCGAUGCAGACAGGAGAUCUCCGACGAAAGGAAGGAGAAGGAGAGAAAAGCGAGUAACGAGGAUCAACGGAGAUCCUUGUUUACUCGUGGCUCUGUGGAAACUAAGGAACAGGCAGCAUCGAACAUCUUUGAGGAACCAAAGAAGCUGGACAAGCGACGUAUCGAUGGUGUUCAAAAAGAAUUCUCGGAUAUAUUCGACGAGAUCGACAAGCAACUACGUAUGAAAGAUUUGAAAUUUAUUGAUCGCAGGACAACCGGCGCGAACGCUACAGACAAUAAUCAGAGAAAUAAAGUUCUCGAGGAGGAGGAAGUCGGAAUAUCAAGUAAGGUAACUAAAGUGCUCGAUAUCCUGGUGGAAGCGGAGAAAGACGCUAAGACAAAGAGCGGCGCGCUGUCAGAAAAAUCGAUACCCGCCGAGGAUGCCUCUCGCCCGGCCGAUCAGAACGUGAAAACGAAAUCGGCUAAGACCAGGUCGCCGUUAUUGAACACCAUCGAGGAUCCAAUUACAACGGAUUUAAAGGAGAUGUUGAAGGAAAUGAAACACUCGUUACCAAAGCGUUCGAAGCCCGGGAAGAUUGUGACACGUAACACCGACGUGACUGAGAAACCGGCUUUGGAGAAAGAGGCAGCGGCUGCCCCUAGCAAGACUACGUAUUUCGUUUCCGCUGUAACGAAGGUCGGGAAUAUAGCGUUACAAAACGAUUACGAGCUGGACAAACAGAAGGUGUCGUGUUCUGUGCAAACCAGUGGAAAUAUACGACGAUUAAAUCAGCCAUCUACAUCUGUAGAACAACCGUCCACCUCCGGAUGGAAGCAAGAAAAUAUCCUCUAUAAAACGUCCGGGAAGAGCGUAGGUGGUUCUGGACUGGUGAAAAAUACGUUUCAGCUGAUAAGACCGCGGGAUUUCGCCGAGAUCGAGGCGACAAAAACGACGAGAACAUCCGCGCUCAACGAAAACACUUACGCCAAUGUGAUCGAGCAAUCGAUCUACGCGAAUGCGCGUGUUCCACCCUCGCCCAAACAACUUACUAGUUCCUCGCGAAAUAGCGUUACGAAAAUUGAUAGUACCGAUAAAGUGUCGAGAACACGACCGACAGUUGAACAGAAAUUCACUAUGAAAGAAGACACGUUCGAGAGUAGCGAAGAAGAUGACAAUUCAGCGGAAAAGAAUAUGAACACACUGGCCAUAAACCGAUUACUGAGAAAGUUAGAGGCGGCAAUUGCAUCUGGUUACCAUCAACAAGCAGCUGGUUUGGCGAAGGAGCUAGCCCGGCUUAAGAUCCAUUGUUCCGUGAUUCGACAACGAUCAGCCCGUCUCAAAGAUCAGUUGAUUAAAGUCAAUAUGUACAUUGAAGACAAACUUGCUCACCAGGGACCGAUACCUCUUCAGUUGCCGAGCGGAAUGACGGUGGCCGAGUUGAAAGCAAAGAUACACACAGAAUUCGAGAUACCGAUGAACGUGCAGCGAUGGAUUAUUGGCAAAAAUUUAGCGAAUCGCGAUGAGGCGACUCUGAAUGAAUUACAGGCUGUCAAUGGUUCACCGGUAUUUUUAUAUCUCGUAGCUCCAGAAUUAAGACUUGAAAAUGCGAUGCAUGUAGGAAAAGCUAGUAGUGCAGGUGAGAAAGUGUCAAAUAUGAUGAACGACGGUGUGAACGAUGAUGCGUCUACGGAAGUUGUGCAGAUUGUAGAAGAAGAUCAGGAAGAAGUCGAAGAACCUCAGGAGAUAGAAGAGAGUACGACAGUGGAAGUAAAGAUGGACAGGUACGAGGAAUUAAUUUCUUUAGAAAACUGCGACGUUAUACCGAACUCCGAACCGAUCGAAUGUCCCGUAUGCUUCGUUACAUACGGCCCUCGCGAAGGAGUGAUUUUAAGGGAUUGCUUACAUAUGUUUUGCAGAUCGUGUAUUGCCAAUACAAUUCGAUACUGCGAAGAAGCCGAAGUGAAAUGUCCUUACAGAGACUCGCAGUAUACCUGUGAAUCUACUCUCCAAGAACGUGAAAUAAAAGCACUCGUCGAACCUGAAGUCUAUCAGCAACAUUUAGCGAAAUCGAUCGCUCAAGCGGAAAAUAAUGCUGGAAAUAACGCGUUCCACUGUAAAACUCCAGACUGCCCUGGUUGGUGCAUCUACGACGACGAUGUGAACAAUUUUCUUUGCCCUGUAUGCAAUGCAAACAAUUGUCUUACUUGUCAGGCCAUUCACGCUGGAAAAAAUUGCAAGCAGUACCAACAAGAACUAAGAUUAUCGAAAGAAACGGAUCAAGAAUCGCGAAGAACUGCGGAGAUGCUCGAGGAAAUGGUGGACAGGGGUGAGGCACUCGCGUGUCCCACCUGUGCAGUUGUCUUAAUGAAAAAAUGGGGUUGCGAUUGGUUACGCUGUUCAAUGUGCAAAACUGAAAUAUGCUGGGUAACGAGAGGCCCGCGUUGGGGCCCAGGAGGAAAGGGGGACACAUCCGGAGGCUGUAGAUGCGGAGAAAAUGGAGUCAAGUGUCAUCCCCGUUGCAAUUACUGUCACUGAGAACCGUCAGAAGAUACAAUUACUGCAACGACGUACGAACAACGGCGCAUACAAUGCAACAAAGAGAAAGCAGUGCAUCAUGAGCCAAAAUAUUUUUACACCAUUAUCACGGUUCUGAUGUAUCGGAGCAAACCACUAGUCAAUGCGUCUAAUGGCUCGAUAUGUAUUUAUUAACGAGUUUAAUAACCGAUAAAGCUGAUACUGAUAAGUUACAUACGUAUACGUCACAUAGGCUGUUUGCUCAACGAUUAACCUUAUCGCGGAACCGUCCUUUAUGGAAUUGGAAGUAUUUAAAAAAUAAUAAAGAGGCAAAUACCUCAGUUUCCAACGAUCGUUCAUAUUUUUUAAUGUAGGGAACACGGGGAGAAUAAAUAUUACUUUACUCAAAGCUUCGUGCGCAUGAACAUAUAAUAAAUUAUAUGUAGAUACAGGUAGUUUUACAAUUAUACAGGCACUGAUUGUUUAUUUCUUAUCGUCAGAGAUUGUUUCAUUUGUACCGAUCUGUUUUAGCCGUGACACCAACAUCGUCUGAUGAUGUGUGAGUUGUUGAUUCAGGUUAAGGCCUCCCGCAUUCUGCAAUACUUGAACCAAACCCAACUGUACUGACACCAUAUCCAUUUGUCCGUAUUUCAGAAAAUCACUGGAAUUCAAGACCAAUCCUUCCAACACUCCACCUACAAAAA